AUCGCUGUCCCAUCAUGGCCACCAGAGCAAUGUUGUUGAGGAGGGCUGCGUUCUUUUCUCCUUCUUCUAGUCACUUUCGUCAUGCCAGAUGUCUCUCCACGACGGGACACACAGCCCAGAAGGACAGCUGGCUCAACAAGCUCCUAGUGCGAAAGAUCGAGCCCACAAAAGAGUCACACUCUCGCAUGCUCUCGGACAAAGAAGUUAUAUAUGAGCUCCAGACACACAACCUCAAACCAGGCACUGGAGAAGAGUAUCUUAAGAACUAUGCUACUUAUGUUCAGGCUGUAGCUGACAAGCCCAUGCACCUAGAGCUGCAAGGCUCAUGGACUGUCAGCGUAGGAGACCAGGACCAGUGCGUCCACCUGUGGAAAUAUGCUGGAGGCUACUCGGCCAUUGAUGGAGCCAACAAAAUCUCUGCCACUGAUUCUGACCUGACCAGUCUGAUCAAGGACAGAAACCAGUUUUUACGUCAACGCUCAAAUCAAUUCCUGUUACCCUUCAGCUUCUGGCCGCCAGUCACACCUCGUGAUGGAGGAAACAUUUAUGAAAUUCGUUCGUACUUCCUGAAGCCAGGCACCAUGAUUGAAUGGGGCAACAACUGGGCUCGAGCCAUCCACUUCCGUCAGGCAAACAACGAGGCCUUUGGCGGCUUCUUCUCGCAGGUCGGACGGCUCUAUAACGUCCACCAUAUCUGGUGCUAUAGUUCCCUGGAAGGAAGGAAGGAAGCUCGUGAGAACGCCUGGCGACACCCCGGCUGGGAUGAAGUGGUUGCUUACACGGUUCCGCUCAUUCAGGAGAUGCAUGCUCGGAUUCUUGUUCCAAACACGUUCUCCCCUGCUCAGUAGAUUGAAAACAAUAACACCACCACCACCAGCAACGGCAACAUAUGGGAAAUCAGUGUUGGUGGGGAGACUUAGAUAUCUCUGCCUUUUAUGUGUAGAACGGGAUAUGAUAUAUAUAUAUGCAAAAUAGAUAGAAAGAAUGGGUAUGAAGUUAUAUAGUGAUUUAAAAAGGAAAAUUAAUAAUAAUAAUAAUAAUAAAAAUAAAUGAUCGUAAGAGGUUUAUUUAACAAGGUAAGAGUGUGUUAUGGGGUUUCCUUGUCACUUUAGAAAGGCACAUUGUACAAAGACCCUCAGAUCCAGUGGAAUAUGAAAUAGAGGAAUCUUUUCGUUAUAUUUUGAUGAUAUAUAUAUAUAUAUAUUUACAUAUAUGUAUAUGCGUUGGUAUGUUGUGUUUGAUGACUUGGGUUUAGGCAUUAAUCAUUGUUUAUGUAAUGUGUAGUGAUGUUUUAGCAUAUUAAGACUGGAAUUUUCAAUUUUAAAACCAGUUUAAAUUAAAUCAGUUUUGUCUUCAUUUGGGAAAAAAAAGUAAAAGAAAAUUGUACAUGAAUAUCCCCACUUUUGAAUAUUAUGGCUGAGAAGAAGCAAAAAGAGAGUAAAUAUUAUUUUUGCACCAGUUGUAGCAGGGCUGAUGUGCCUUGAUUAAAUGUUGAUCGUGUACAGACGACAGUGUGAUUUCAUCCCUGUGUCAGAAGAAACGUCUAACAUUCACACCCUAUGAGUAGCUUAAUUAUGUAAAGUAUAAAUCUGAGUAGCAAAUAUCACUUAGAAUGAUUUGGGACUAAAAUUUAUUCUAGGUUUUGUAUAUUUUAUUUGAUAUUUAGUAACACCAUCCAACUGUUUGAAACCAUUUACUUGCAUAUCAUUUAUCUAUGUGUACAGGAAAAAGAAAUGUGUUGUUGCUGAAUUUUGUAAAUAUAUUUUUUUCUGAAUGUAUGAAUGCUAUGAUUUUCUUUGCAUUUUUCCUCUGAGUCUUGAGAAUACAUGUUAAAUAAAUCUAUCCUUACCCCUGAAAAAAAAAAAAAGGUAACUGAGAAGAUGAAAAUAAAUUGUUUACUGCAAAGUUAUAUCAGCAGGUAAUUAUUUUCCAGGUCGUUUUGGCCCAAUGUCUAAUGAAUGCUGGUUGACAAAGAAGCCACCUCUGGGUACUAACCCGUACGCACACGAACACAUGAAAGCCCAUGCUAAAACCUUUACUCACACAGGCAUAUGUAACAAAGAAUUGUACAUUUCACUGUAUCUAGAAUACAAACUCAAGUCUUUUUCA